GAGUCCGUGCGUAAGUAACGCUUGGGCAAAAGCGCAGUCGAGCCAGCUGUCAGUUCAGCAUGCGUAUAGGAAAGUGUCACACUUUGUCAGUGGUCUACACACACACAUUCACCCAUGUAGACUGUGGAGACGGGUGCGUGCAAGGAGACGCGUCAGCGUAGCACACACACACUUCACUUCUACCCAUUCAGACUGAUGGAGACGUGUGCGCCUUCAGCUCCGUCCGCGCGUAAAGCGCGGCAGUGUGUUGUCAAAGUUAAGACAACAUGAUCCUGAAAACUUACGUCUUGAAAGGAAGGAGUCAGUGACCACAGAUAUUACUUCACCUUCAACCAAUCCCAGAGGAGGUGGAACAAUGCCAGACUCUGCUCUGCCACCACCACUUCCACCCAUCACAUUGCUAAACUGUUCAUCUGACCCAUCAAAUUGCUCCCUCACCAACCUCUCUGCAAUUGCUUAUGGUGAUGAAUGCUAUGGCAGCCACUCUUUGUUCGUUGUCAUGGCAAUUGCCUACAGCACCGUGGUACUGUUGGGGGUAGUGGGCAAUUCGGCUCUCAUCCUUGUUAUCGCCAGGCAACGGGAACUUCACAAUGUAACAAACGUCCUAAUUGCAAACCUCUCUGUUUCGGAUCUGCUGAUGUCCCUGGUGUGUUUACCUUUCACCUUCAUUUACACCUUUAUGGACCACUGGGUGUUUGGUGCGGUCAUGUGUAAACUUAACAGCUUGGUCCAGUGCUGCUCUGUCUCAGUGUCCAUCUUCUCCUUGGUUCUGAUCGCUAUUGAGAGACACCAGCUCAUCUUACAUCCUCGAGGAUGGAGACCCAGCCUUAACCACGCCUGUCUGGGCAUCGGCCUUACGUGGGCCCUGGCCACCCUCACUGCCACGCCCUUUCUGAUGUUCUCCAGGGUGACAGAUGCUCCACUGAAGCAGCUGCCCUCAGUGUUUCAGGAGCAGUACAGGGGAAAGGUGGUGUGUGUGGAGGAAUGGCCAUCCAGAGAACUUAAACUUACCUACACCACUGCCAUGCUGGUUCUGCAGUACAUCACUCCUCUCACAUUCAUCUUCAUCUGCUACCUGAAGAUCUACUCUCGUCUGCAGCAGCGGAACAACAUGAUGGACAGAAUGCGUGAGAACAAAUACCGCACCAUUGAGACUAAGCGGAUAAACAUCAUGUUAUUUUCCAUUGUCGUGGCAUUCGCUGUUUGCUGGCUCCCGUUAAACGUCUUCAAUGCCGUCAUCGACUGGAACCACGAAGUUGCUAUGAACUGCACGCACAAUCUGCUGUUCUCGCUGUGUCACCUGACCGCGAUGUGCUCGGUCUGCAUAAACCCUGUGUUCUACGGGUUCCUUAAUCGCAACUUCCAGCAUGAUCUACGGGCCUUCCGACUGUGCAAGAUUGCAUCGUUACGAGACAACGAAUAUGAUAUGGUUGCCAUGUCCACUGUUCAAACAGAUGUGUCCAAAAUGUCACUAAAAAUGAGUAGCCUAGAUCUCUAGUAGUAGGAUUUUCAUUAGAUUUACUUUAAAAAGAAAAGCGUGCAUUUACAGUUUCGUUUCUUGGCUGCAACCCAAGCGUAGCAAUGGCUGUCACCAUCAUUUAAGCGCUUUUGCAGCGUGUUUCCACAAAGGUCAUGUACUUGACUUGAGUGAAUUAUGUCCAGCGAACUAGAAAUGGCUACUUUCCAAGCUCUGUAUUACACGGUAUCAUAAAAUUGUACAUACAAGGUCAGGAAAGAUGCCGAGCACAUUUUUUGCAAACAUGAAAUACCAUGCGUCAAAGGGGCCGCUUGGGGCCAAGAUGGAAUCCGAAGAUACAGAGAAAUCUAACACGGUUCAGAGAUGUGAGUUACUGAGCUUGUGCAUUGUGGUGUUCAUUUUGUUAUUUAAAUAUGAAUGUCAGAAAUGAUUUUUUGAGGAAGGGACUCUAAACUGCCAGAUGAGUUUCAUAUUAUGUUUCUAAAUUGAAUUUCGUUGAGUUCUGAGUGUUGUAAAACCAAACAAAAUUUAUUUUCUUCCUUUAAUCUUUUAUUAAUGAAAGAAACAGACCUUAAAAUCUUGUUAUUAGAAUAUAAACUCUAUAAAUGCAAGCUAUUGUCCACAAAAUUAUGAAGCAGUGCUUUUUUGUUGUUGGUUUCCUGUUUGUAACACAUUUGUUUUGUUUUUUGUGUCUAAAUGUAUUUUUUUAUCAAAAGUGAUUCACAAAUGCACAAAAAUACUGCCAUUUAAAUGUCCAAAAUUGCUUAGAUAAGAACAGGAAGUGGAUCAAAGCUGAAAUUGCAAAGCAGAAGUAAAAGAAAAGCUUUGUUUGCUGGUUUGUUUGUUAGCUUUAUACAAUAACAUGUUUGCAGAGAUGCACAUUGAAGAGAGGCUUUGAAUGUUUCAUGAAUGCUGUUCAGGUGGCAUUUGAAAGAUAAUUGUAUAAAAUAAAAUGUGAGCAAAAUUCAGUUCCUGUAAUGCUCACUGAGUGUAUGUGAUCUAAUCAUUUACUGUGUGGGAAACUGCAGACAGGUACAGCAUACUAAGGAGAGAGGGUUUAAAGGCAGCUUUUGUGAAUAUGAAUACUAUCACCCACUCCAAAUUACGUAGAAACAACAAAGCAAAUGUGUCAAUAGUUAUAUCAAUGUCUGCAUUGAUUCAUAUUGAAUCUUAUAAACCAAACAAGCAGUGCAAUGUUAUUACCAAUUUAACAUUCCUAUUAGUGAUGCACCGAUGUAUCGGCCGCCGAUAUUUAUCGGCCGAUUUUUGAUGAAUUUGAAACCAUCGGCAUAUCGGCAAUAGAACGAGAAAGGCCGAUACCGAUUGUUUAUUAAUUAACUGCAUAAAGAAAUCCAUUAUGUAAAAAAAUUAGUUAACGUUGUUAAUAAAAUAAAUGCUGAAUAGCAUAAACCACCUUUUAAGGUUGUCAUGCUUUCUUAUUAUAUUUGUUUUAGCUUAUUUUGUGCCUCUCUUAUUAUGUUGGUCUGUUGAAUGUUAAUUAGAUCCAAUCCAUUUUCAGUAAAAAUAAUUUGAUGCAGAAAUAAACUAGCUAAUAGACCAACUGUAUAGUAUUGUAUACAAGUGUUUAAUAUCGGUAUCGGCAUCGGUAUCGGCCAGAAGUUGUCUGUUUAAAUCGGUAUCGGUAUUGGCCCGAAACAAUCCUAUCGGUGCAUCCCUAAUUCCUAUUCAUUAUCUGUACUUGAAUAUAGCUUCUUAUAAAAAGAGCUGUGAGAUACAAUUGCUUAUUGACAAACUAUCAAUGUAUUUUUUUUUUUUUAUUUAUUCAUUUAUGGAAAAUUGUGGAAACAUUGUUUGUUUAAGGAUCACUGUGGUCAAAGUUUCUUUAAAGUUUAAAACUGUAUAGCACUUUAUUUUAUAAUAAAUUAGCAUUUCUGCAAUCAUCAGUUAUUUGAUGUAAAUUAGUAGUGCUUUUUAUUUAAAAUAAAAUGCUGGGUUGUUUUUUAACUCAUGCUGGGUAAAUAUUGGAUAAAACACACCAGUGGGUUAAAAAUGACCCAAUGCUAGGUUAUUUCAACACAAUGCUUUGUUGCUUCAACCCAACUGUUGGGUUAUUACAACCCAUGAUUCGGUAACAACAAACCAGCAUUGGGUAAUUAUUUACCCAGUGGUGUGUUCUGUGCAAUAUUUACCCAUCAUGGUUUAAAAACAACCCAGCAUUUUUUUAGAGUAAAUAGAUAGAGUCUUGAGUCAAUAAUUAUAAAGAAUUAUAAUAAAAAUACACAUUUUAUUAUAAACAUUUCUUUUUUAAACCCAGUUUUUUUUUCAAGUUAACAACAAAAUAUUUAAUAUGAUGGGUAGCAAUGUUGCAAAUUUAACAUUAAAGCUGUAACUUAGCCAGUUUCGGAAGAUGUUGGAUGUUUGAUGAAUUACUUGCAAUAAAUUGGGAUUUGACAAGUGCACUGAAGACUAUGAACUUAAAAAAAUUGGUAUUGUUGUAUGAUUACAAUUUUAAAGAAUGUAAAAAAAUGUAUUGUAUGAGAAAAAUAUCCAGGAUUGUCUGUAAAUUGUGGAAUGUUUGGCAAUUUAAAUAAUUCAAUUAUAGAUAAAUUAGAUAACCCAUGUCAAAAUUAUGUUAUUUGAUAUUGUUUGAUUUGAAUUGUAAGAUACAGUUAAUCUGGGUUACAGGGAUACAGAUAUUUGGUGUACCACAGUGUCUGAUAUUUAUUGAAUGUGCAUGGUACGAUGUGCGUAUCCAGGUCCAUGUUUGCUGUAAAGACUGCCGUUAUUAUGAUUGUUUUUAAAGUUUGGUCAGUUGUAUAUUACUAAAUCUAGAGUUUAAAAAGAUGGAUACAAUGCAAUAAACAGAUUUACAAAGACUAGAUUACAAUGCAAUGCAAUUGCAACUUGUGUACGUGUGGUAGGUCAUUUAGAACUGUGAAAUAUUGUCAAACUUAAAAUAACCUUGGAUCGACCCUGUAAAAUAAAUUGAUGCAGCUGUUUGCCAGUAACUUACUGUAGAUUAAAAUGAAUCAAACUAUAAAAUAAUAGCUUUAUGCAAAGCAUUCUGGGAAGCAGAAAUCCUCAUCAACCUUUUUCUGUUUUUCCCUUUAAAUUUUGGUGCGCAGAAUGCUUUUCAGGAGGCUGUUAUUUUAUGGUUAUAUCCUGUAAAGAUAAAGACUUGUUAAUGUUUAAUGUUCAUUUAACUUUAAACAAACGGUUGCCUGUAAAUAACAUAAAUUUAAAUCUACAGUAAGUUACUGGCAAACAGCUGCAGCUGUUAUACUGUAAUUUCUACAGAAUAUUUUUAAAGUGUACGGUAUGGUUUUAAGCACACAAAAAUGCUGUAAAGUGAGAAUGUUUUCAAAGAAAAUCAUGAAUAGAUUUUAUUUAUUUACUAAACAAAAUCAAUAUUUGGUGUGACUAUCUUUUGCCAUUAAAACAUUUGUUAAAACAUUAAAACUUUUUUGUUAUUGGCACAUCUGCUCACAGUUUUUAAGGUAGCUUUUCUAGUAUGUUGUUCCAGGCAUCGGGAUGUUGCCACAAAUCUUUAAGGUUGUUUCAGUUUGUAUCUGUCUCUUUAUCUGACUGGCUAUUAAGAAGUUUUCUUUAUUGUUACAGUGCUUAAGAAUUGUGACAUGCUAAAGCAAAACAUUUAAAUUGACUUUUUGUUGGCAUAAAACAUCUAUUGUGCCUAUAAGAUAUUUGUAUAAUUGUGGUGUACACAAUAUACUGUAUUUUAAUGUGCAAAAAUAUUAUUUUCUGUUUUUGGUGAUUUUUUUUGCAUGCUGUGAAUGCUUUGAAUUCCAAAUCAUUGUACACUCUGACCCUAUUCAUUUCACUGUUAUAUUUUUGUCACCCUUGAAAAUUGCCAAGCCAUUUUGAUGUUCAAAAUGAAUGUUCAAAAUGAUAGUCUCCUGAUGCUAACAGCAAAAUACACUCCCACCACAUACACAAAAACAUGACUUUCAGAGUCAGAACCUUAGAGACACAUGACCAAAAAUAGGGCAACAGAAAUAUCACAACACAAGCAAACAUGUAUUUAUUUAUGUAUUUUGUAGCGUGCAUGAGUGAGUGAGUGAGUGCUGAUGUUUCAGCUAACAUAACAGAAAAGUGAAUCAAUAGGGAAUAGUGUGCUGGGAAAACACAGAAGCAAAAUAAUGAAAUAUGAAUUUUCCGAACUGUUUUCAUUCUGAAUAUUCAAACCGUCUUUUAUCUUUGUAAUAUUUGAAUGUUUAAAGUAGCACAUUUUACUGUUUGAAUAUGAUGUGAACUCUGCAGUGAUGGCCUAAUAUAAAUAUUGCUUGUCAGUUAUUUAUCUUUAGCAAUUGUACAGUUCAUAUUUCUUUGUCAUUGGGUCUCGUUGAUAUUUUCAAAGAUAUCAAAGAUCUAUACGUCUAAUAAAGACAUGUUCUGCAGUGCAGUAUAGAUCAAAAGUGCAGUGUCUUGUCUGUCAAAAAUGUUUGUUACUAUAGGUAUCAGCUUAGUCAUCAGAAACUCUAAGCUGUUUCAUUGGAAAGAGGAGAAUGCAAUUACAAAGGACUUAAGUGCUGUAUAAUACAAACACACAAUUUAAAUCCUUUUAAAGAGUGUUUACAUUUAUGGAUUUGUCAAAUGGUACACUGUAAAAAAUUAGCUGUAAUUAUGCAGCUGGUUGCCUAUAACUUACUGUAGAAGAAAUAGAAUGAAAAUGUUUCAUGUUCAUUUAACUUUGAAC